AUGGCCCUCUGUGAGGAGAACCUGAACGACUACACUGCUUACAGUGAGCUGUCUGAUGAUGAGCUGCUACAGAUCGCCAUAGAGCGAAGCCUCACUGACAAAAACCUUCUUGCAUCCUCAGCCCCCCUAGCCCCCGCUGGCCGAAAUCAAACAAACCCAAACUCCAGACAGAGAAGUGUGGAUCCCCCGAGACACCUGCGCUCCACCCCUCCAGCCCAACCUCCACCUGCACAGCCUGCAGGCCUCCCCAACUCUGCAAACCCACCAACUGCUCUGUCAUGGUUUCUCUACAAGGGCUUCAUGAGAGACCUCAGUCCUCUGCGGCGGGUGAUCAUAAAUGGGGAUUCAAAGGCUUUGAUGGAUUUGGUGAGACGGGGGUCAUCGAGUCUGACGGACCAGAACGAUGAAGGUUGGAUUGCUCUUCAUGAGGCUGCUUAUUACGGCCAGCUGCAGUGUGUCAAGAUCCUCAUCAGAGCUCACCCCGACUCAGUGAACGUUUGUAGUUCUCAGAGUCAGACCGCUUUGCUGCUGGCUGCCUGUCGAGGAAACGCUUCCUGUGUCGAAUUUCUUCUGGAACAUCGAGCCGAUGUCGACGCUGCAAACAAGGAACGAGAGACGCCGCUGUUCACAGCGUGUGAGCGGCAGAGUGAAUCUGUGGUGGAGUUGCUGCUGAGGUUUGGAGCUCAGGUGAAUCGAUGCACCCUUCAGGGAGAGACUCCUCUUCAUAUAGCAUGCAUGCAGGGACAUCUGCAGAUCUGCAGGAUGUUAUUGGCGGCCGGAGCCAAACUGCAAACUAGAAACAUCUACGGCAUCCAACCGUUGUUUAGAGCCGCACAGAGUGGACACGCUCACAUGAUCAACUUCCUCGCCAAGAAAGGUGCUGAUUUAAAUGGACAGGCUGGAGACGGAGCGUCUCCGCUGUUUGAAGCCUGUAAGAAUGGACAUGUCUCUGCUGUGGAGAUGCUGUUGUCUCUGAAGGCCGAUGCUAACAGACCGAAGAAGUCCGGCCUGCUGCCGCUCCACGUGGCUGUUCGGAACAAUCACACGCAGAUUGUGACAAUGCUGAUGACGGUGACCAGCAGUGCCAGCAUUCGGCGCAGCGGCAUCAGUCCUCUGCACAUCGCUGCAGAGAAGGACAGAGACGACAUCAUGAAGCUGCUGAUCGAGGCGGGCUUUGAUGUCAACGCCAAGCUGUCGGAGGAACGCUCCCGCAUGUACGAGGACCGGCGUAGCACGCCGCUCUACUUCUCCGUCUUCAACAGGAACCUGGAGGCAGCCCAGAUGCUGCUGGAGGCCGGAGCUGACCCCAACCAGGACGUCUUCAACCCUCUGCUCAUCGCUGUACGGCUCGGCUGGAUGGAGAUGGCGGCGCUGCUGCUGAGGCACGGCGCCAAUGUGAACGCUCAGAUCUCCACCCACCCGUCCUCGUUCCCGUCAGCCAUCCUCGUCAACAUGGAGUCUCUGUCCAUGCUCAAACUGCUGCUGGACCACGGCUGCGAUGCCCAGUCCUGCUUCGUCUGUCCCCAUGGACUAAAACCACAUCCUGCCUUCUCCAUGGCAGGCCAUCCCUCCGAGGAACUGCAGGUCAGCUGGGAUGAACCUCCACAGCGUCCCAUUCAGUUCUGCGAGGCCAUCUCCAGACCCUUUUUGUUUCAUGUCUCUGGUCCAGUCGUGUCUCUGCUGCUGGACUACGUGGACCACGUCCAUCUCUGCUCUCAGCUGCUGGAGGUUCUGCAGAGUCGCAGCGACUGGACGUCCAUCGUCCUGAAGGCUGCCCCCCCCCGUCCUCUGAUGCAGCUCUGCAGGCUGAAGAUCAGACGUCUGCUUGGUGUCCAACGUCUCCAGCUGCUGCAUUCGCUGCCACUUCCUGUCCCCCUCAUCCACUUCCUGCUCUACGACAUCCGCUGCUCGUUUGAACUCACCUGAACUCACUGUGA